AUGUCACAAUUUUCAUUUCCUUUCGAGACGACUCUUCAAAAUUUAUAUUCUUUCGGAAUUCAAGUUUUAAAUACUAAAGAUACGGAUGAAAAAGUCAAGCUCUCGUUUCAAGCACAACAACUUUAUGAAGAGGGAAAAAUAAGUGUGAGACCUUUGGAUCGAAAUGAAAUGUUUCGAGUAAGACCUCCGAAUGUUCCGGCUCGUCCUGACAAUGUAACCAUUGUUCCUCCGAAACAAUUACAUAAAAGAGGAUCAGGAACGGUGGAAAAUAGAGCUGCAUUGAUUCAUUCCAUCUGUCACAUGGAAUCCUACGCCAUUGAUCUAAGCUGGGAUAUUAUCUGUCGAUUUGCAAUUCUCGAUUAUUUACCUGACGAAUUUCUCAUUGAUUGGUUUUACGUGGCAUUGGAUGAAUGUCGACAUUUCAAAAUGUUAAGCAAACGAUUGACAGAAUUGGGAAGUUUUUACGGUCAAUUUCCAUCACAUGGUGGAUUGUGGAGUGCAGCAACUGCCACUCAAAAUGAUGUCAUGUUAAGAUUAUGUAUUUUACACACCGUACAUGAGGCACGUGGAUUGGAUAUGACCCCAAAUAAUAUUCGAAAAUUGAGAGAAGCCAAAGAUUUUGAAAGUGCAGAUGUGUUGAGUGUGAUUUUGGAAGAAGAAAUUAGUCAUGUUCAGAAAGGAGUGAAAUGGUUCAAGUUUUGUUGUGCCCAUGCGAUCAGAGAGGAGAGAAGAAAGAAUCGAGAAGAGCAGAAUUUUGUUCAUGUUGGAAAUGACAUGCUGACAACGACGACAAAUGAACAAGAAGUGAGUGAAGAUUUAAUUCGACAAAGAUUUCAUCAUUUGGUGCGAAAUCACACCACAACGGGAGUGUUGAGACCUCCUUUUAAUCAUGAAGCUCGUUUGAAGGCAGGGUUCACAAAGGAUUGGUAUGAACCUCUUAUUCCUGAAGCAAAUGUGGCAUCCACCACAAACGAAGAGACACAAGCCAAUGAAGAAGUCAUUCAUUGA